UUUCUAUUAGUAUUUUGAAAUUUUGGUGUUGAUUAGACACCAAAAUUCUUGUUUCAAAAGUGGUUUUCGAAAUAAUUUUCACGAAAAAACGCACCAUUCACAUCCUGGACUUGAUUUUCAUGCAUCAAAAACAUCGUCCACCAUAAAGUGUCAGUGUGUUUUAUUUUGACUGGAUUUAGUUCCUUCGCCCGUUGCCCUGCGAUACAUGGAGUUCCAGUUGGACAGCGCGGAAUACUGCCAAGCCCAGCACAAAUAGAGGCUUUAUUCCUGUUUCGGCUCUGCACACUGUGUGGCCGGAGUUAGUAAUCGACGAAGUGUGAGGCAGUUCAUCACCUUCAUUACGUUAUACAUAUAUUUACAUAUAACGUUUUAUAUGUGCAUAUAUUUAUAUAGGGAUAUAUUUGUAACACGCAUAUCAAAGAAAGAAAACAUCGCGUUACCAACAACGAAUAUUUAAGUAAAAGAUAAUUGUAUAAAACUUUAAAAGUCUGAUUUUAUUUAUAAUUUACAUAUACAAAUAUAUAUAUCUAUAUAAAUAUAACUGUAUAAAGAUAUAUGAAAAAAUUUAGAAACUAAAUGAUUUCGGAGUCCCUUCGAAUGUGAAUUUAAAUAUUUUAAUCGACGUUUAGAUCAAGUUUAUUCCGCAAAAUUGAAAAUAAUCAUAUAUUUGAGAUUAAAAAAGAGCUCAAGUUUCACAAAUUGUUAUAUUAAGAAGUUUUUGUGUCGGGUUCUUGGUAACUUUGGUUAAAGAGACAGUUUUCUUUUGUGUGAAGUGUUUUUCGGUUCAUAUUAUCAUUUUCCUGUUUGAUAUAAAUGAACAACAUGCGUCAGAAGGACAUCAGACCUGCUCCGGCUCGUAUCGAGUAUAAAGGAAUGAAAUUUUUGAUAACUGACCGUCCGUCCGAUCAUAACAUUCACAAUUAUAUCAAUGAACUGAAAAAGAAUAAGGUUUUGAUCGUGGUUCGAGUGUGCGAGCCGAGCUACAAGACGGACGAACUGUCCGCUCAGGGAAUCCUUGUCAAAGAUCUGGCCUUCGAAGAUGGCACCUUCCCACCCACCACCAUAGUUGAUGAAUGGUUCUUAACACUUAAACAAAGCUAUCAAGAUGAUCCUGACGCUUGUGUGGCUGUUCAUUGUGUGGCUGGUUUGGGCCGAGCGCCCGUAUUAGUAGCUUUGGCUCUGAUUGAAUUGGGCCUAAAAUAUGAAGAAGCUGUUGAAAUGAUUCGAGACAAACGUCGAGGAGCCAUCAACGCGAAACAGCUAUCAUUUUUAGAAAAAUACCGACCAAAAUCCAGGUUGAAAUUUAAAAAUGGACACAAGAAUUCGUGCUGUGUGCAAUAAAUUCUAAUAAAACAGUAAUUAUCGAAAAAUCCAGUUAUAUCAGCAGCUUUCUGCAAAAAGUUUGUAAUGCUAUGUUUAAAUUUAAAUUGUAAUAUCACGGACAUGACAACAUCAGAAAAUUCUUGAUCUACAUUCAUUUAUCGGGAGGACUCGAAUCGACGCAGCGAACAUCGCGCCCGUUUCUCUUGUAUUCGAUUUGUUCUUACGUUGUUGUUGCUUUUCUUGUAAUCGGGCAUAAAUGCUUCGGUGAUCAGUAACGGGCGCGUUGUUGCUCACGAGUUUCUCAAUAAGUCGAAUCGGAUCCUUAGUCUUACUCAUUGCUAUUUGAAAGCAAAUUACAUCUAAGAUUUUGCAAUAGCAAUCCUUUGACCAUAGCUGACAAUUGGACUUAAAACUGUGGACUUAAUUUUAUGCAUAAUUUUAAUAAUUAAUAAAAUAGAACAUAGGUUUUAAUACAUUUUGUACUUAAGUUUAUGGUGUAACCACAAAUGAGUGAAAACUGCAUUCUAAAUACUAAGCAGUCACUGAAAUAGAUUUUUUGAUAUUGACAUAAACAUGUUAGUUGUGAAUUACAUUGUCAGAAAAUUUAGAUAAAAAAAACUUUUGAUUAAUCAAUAACAAAUAUCUAUUGACAAACUUUUGAUUAGUGUUAAGUGAUUAACAUUAUACUUUUUAAAAUUGUUUUAAAAGCUUUUAUGAGCAGUUUUGUAUAAUUUAUAGUGCAAUUAGUUGCUUAUUUUUUAAUUUUAUUUCCAUUUGUCAGAUUUGUGUUAAACCAGAUGCCACAACAGUGUUCAGCAUAUGUGCUAUGUUAGUCAAAUUUCGGGCUCUUUAUUAAUUUUAAAUAUCUGAUUAAA